AUGCCGCCACCACGCGCUCUCUUCCUCCGAACAUCCACACUCCGGAUUGCCACUCGCCCAAUCCACCAGCCAGCGCUCCUACGGUGCUAUUCAAACAAAACUUCCCCACAAUCGACCCCACCAAAGACCCCCGCAACGCCUGCCCAAGAUGCCCUUCCGCAUGUCAGCGAGGAGGCCGCCGCUACUGCCGGUAUUACCGGAGAGACAAAGCCUGAGCUUGAGCAAGGCACACCUAUUCAAGAGAUGAUCAACCGCAGUGCUGAAGCCCGCAAGAACGCUCCCUCAGUACUCAAGACUCCCUCCAACAAGAGAUCAUAUUCUACGGAGGUCACACCCAUUGACGCUGGCGCCGGCCCCGAGGUCCCCGCCAAUAUCCUCUCAAUGUCUCUCGAAGAGCCCCUUCCACCCGGCGCCAAGUUUCCUUUGCCGACACUCCCCAUUCCCGCUCGGGGACAUUUGCAAUAUCGCUAUUCCCCUCUGAUGGUACAGGUUACCAACUUCCUAAUGCGACACGGAAAGAAAGCAACUGCGCAGUCUGUCAUGGACCAUGUCCUCUCCAUCCUGCGUACUAAGCCCGCGCCCAAGCCAUCUGUCAUAUACACCCCCCUCAUUCCAGGAACACCUCCUCUCUCGACCCUCCCAUCUGACCCCCUUCUGUAUCUUCAAACUGCCAUUGACUCUGUCGCUCCGCUCAUGAAGAUUAUCUCUGUCAAGGGAGCAGGAGGAGCGAAGGAUAUGAUUCCGAGCCCAUUGAAUAUUAGGCAGAGGAGAAGGAUGGCAUUGGAAUGGAUUGUGGCCGCUGCGGAUAAGAAACAGGACAGGAGUGGGUUGGCGGAGAGGUUUGCCGAUGAGAUCAUUGCUGUCGUAGAGGGAAGGAGCGCCGCGUGGGACAAGAGAAACCAAGUGCACAGGACUGCUAUCCAGUCGAGAGCGAACGUUGUUGUUGAUGGCAGGAGGCAAUCUAAGAAGAACACGAGGAGAUUCCCAUACAACUAG